CCGACGCCGAGGCGGGCGCAUUAAGAGAUGGCAGAGUCCAGGAAACGCUGCCCGGGCCGCGCUGUGAGGAACACCUUGCCGGUGCCCCGGGACCUGCAGCUGCCCCCGACCAAGAGAGACCAGCCAGCUUUCAGAGAACAAAGAAAACAAAAACUCAAAGAAUAUCUGCUAAUACGGAAAACAGGGUUUCCGUCCAAGCAAGGGAAUCAGACACCCAGAGAUCAGAAAAUGAUGACAUUGGAGGAUCAGGCCCAAGAAGAGAAAAGAGCUCUGAAACUCAAAACAGAAAUGGCUGAUAAAGAAAAUAUUGGAAGCACGAUUGAAAAAAACUGCAUUCCGUUAAAAGCCGAAGUAAGCGGUUCAGAAAUACAUAACCUGAAGGAUAAUAUUCAAGCUGUGCCGUUAUUAUCAUCUCUAGGCCAGACUAUGACAUUAGACCAGGCAUGUCACCUUAAAGACAAUAAAAAGAUGCAAGUGACUACAGAAAAGCCAAAACACGAUGCCAACAUGCCUAAAACACGAGUGCUUGGCUAUUAUCAUGGCCAGAUUGUUCAGUCUAAGAUUAACUCAUUUAGGAAGCUUCCAAACGUCAAAGGGGAGAGUCCUGUAAUAACCAAGAAACUUCCCACUGCUGUGUCUAAGGCCACAAAGGCUCAGGCUGAGCCUGGAAGUGCUGCCGGUGUAAGAGCCUCAAAUAUGACUGCUACCACCAAGUUUGCAAACACGAAGUCUGCGAGCGCUGCUUCCAAGAACACGCAUGUGCGACCACCUAUUAGAAGUCUCCACAGUAACAACCAAGCCACUGUGAAACAGGGCCUCAGCAUGCCCCCUGCCAAUGUCACAAUCAGAAAAGGGGCACUGGAAAAAGAAUUACUUGGAUCAAAAUCAGGUGUAUCUGUCGUUGAAACCAGUUCUUCUCAGGACACAAAAAGAAAACAGGCACUGCCAAGAAGCAUAGCAUCUAAAGGCGCAACCAGGACUAAUGCGUCUAAUGCCAGACUGAUAGAGCAGCGCAGAUACACAAUAGCAGGGGCAGCUGUUCAUAGGUCAGUUCAGCCCAGAGAAACCACAGGAGAACAAAAAGCUCAAGUGACUAAGUGGAGACCUGACAGAGGAAAAGGGCUAAGAAGGCCUCCUAAGUUAACUGCUACCCAGGCCGAGCCAAAGGCACAAAGUGAAAGCCCGGUUGGGUCCUUUUGGACUACUAUGGCAGAAGAAGAUGAACAGAGAUUAUUUACUGAAAAAGUAAACAAAACAAUUUCUGAAUGCCUGAACCUGAUUAAUACGGGAUGCCCAAAAGAAGAAAUUUUAGGCACAUUGAACGACUUGAUUCAUAAUAUUCCAGAUGCCAAAAAACUUGUUAAAUAUUGGAUAUGUCUUGUACGUAUUGAACCAAUCACAAGUCCUAUUGAAAAUAUUAUCUCAAUCUAUGAGAAGGCCAUUCUGGCAGGGGCUCAGCCUAUUGAAGAGAUGCGGCAAACAAUCAUAGAUAUUCUGACAACAAAGAGUCAAGAAAAAGGCAAUCCUGGAGAAAAUAUUGAAGAGGCUCAUGCAGCCAAGGAAGAUAUCCAGGAAGUAAAAACGGAAGCUACAAGUGUUGAUGUAGGGUCAGGAAAACCAGAAGAGAAUGAAGUUUAUGAAAACGAAGAUGACAAAACAAAAGACCCAACCAAUGACCUUAUAACCCCUGAUUCAAAGGCUGAAGCAGGCUGCCUGAUUAGAUAUAAUGUGUCUUCUACACCACGCUUGGAAAGUGUAAAAAAGAAGAUGCAACAGUGUGAAAAGCCCACGUUUAAAGAGCUGAAGUUCCUGACACCAGUGAGACGCUCACGACGUAUUCAAGACAAGACGUCACAGCUACCGGAUAUGCUAAGAGACCACGAGCCUUCUGUGUCUUCACUGGAGCAGCUGUCUGAGUUGGGGGUGGAUGCUUUUGUUUGCCGCCCCAAUGCAGCACUGUGCCCACUGCUCUCUGAGACUGACACAGCGGGGGAGAAGUAGCUCUGAGAGCAGCGAUGGUUAGGGUAUUCCUGUUGUGUGGUACAGCUUUACAACAGGUCAGAAGUUGUCCACAUGCCCAAGUAUCAUACAGGCAAACUUCUUUAGCUUGUUUAUUGUGUUUUUAAAAUGUAAUGU